GACAAGUAAGUUCCAUUUGUCGCCUGCAUGUGAAUUGGAGUGAGGAGGAGCCGCACAGCCGCCAGCAGAGCCGGGCAGUGCCCUGAGAGCCCCCGCCGGUCCUGGCAUUCACCGGAGAAGAUGGGGCCCCUGGAGGAGCUGCUCCUCAUCCUCUGUGCACUGUGCGGGGGAGCCUGUGGAGCUUCGGUAAUAACCAUCUCUGGAGAGGUGGGUGGACAAGCGGUUCUGCCAUGCCGCACCACGGCAGAGAAUGCAGGUGGUGUCACCUGGUUUAUGGAAAACCCAAAAGAAGAGGUACUGAGCUGUAACACGGAUGUCCCUUCAAAUCCCAGAUACUCAAGACGGAAUGGGAGUUCUCUUGUGAUAACAGACCUACGUCUGGAAGAUGAGCGACUGUAUGGCUGCAAAGACUGUUCAGAAACAGCAGACACUCCGGCUCAAGUACAGCUGAAAAUCACAAGUGGUCCUCAUAAUAUCACUUUCCUGAUAUCUCCUACCAAGACAAUGCCAAAUGGUACACAUUACACGUCAAGCGGUGCCAACAUGAACUUCACCUGCUCUAGCUCUGCCAUCCCUGAACCAACAAAUUCCAUUGGAUUCAAUGCAGGGAGCCAGUCUGAACUUUUUGACUGGGUAAAUGCAAGCUUGCUCGCUUUUAAUUUGAGGAACAUUGCUGCAAAUUACCAGGGAAACUACACAUGUACUGUCGUAAAUCCUCUCAGUAAGAAGACUCUCCUCCGCACUCUCCAGCUUCUCGUAUAUCGUCCACCUGAUUCUCAUAUGGAGUGCGGUGUAAACAACACAGGGGUUCCCUCAGGUUUGUCAUUGACAUGCACUUGGCUUGGAGGCUAUCCAUCUCCGCUACUGCAGUGGGAAUAUAAAGGUGACACACUGUCAAAUGGGACCUCAGACACACUGGUGGUGACACUAAACGGCUCCCGGUAUGAUGAUGGACAGACGUUUACUUGCAGAGGAAGACAUCUAACCAAUGAAGUGAAGGAGGCGACGUGUACGGUUCAGUUAGGAUACCCUGUGCCCCAGUCCCAGGUACUGAGAACCUGCUUAAAAGGGGAAAAUGUAACCCUGUCAUGUUCUGUAUUGAGGGCUAACCCCCCAGCUGUAAUAACCUGGCUGCGUAACCUGAGCCAGCCAAAUGUGGAGAUCCAGUCAGGGACAAAGUACCACAUCGUACAGAUCCACAGCAGCAUGGUGUCCUACCUCACCAUUGUCAACUGCUCCAAGGAGGAAGACGAAGGCUCUUACAUUUGCGUGACCAACAAUGGAGUUGCAACACAAGAUUUCUAUAUAUGGCUUGAUGUGACCACUCCCCACAACAUUAUUGGAUUAGUAUCUGCUAUCCUGAUCCUUUUCCUCAUAGUGGUCGCCCUUAUUGUAGGAAGUAUACUCUACUGCGAUCCCCAGUUAUAUAUAAAAGCCAACCCAUUCCGAAAGGGAGCAUCGGAAGUCCUGAUUCUUGUAGAAUCAGAAGAGGAGGAUGAGAUGCAGCAAGUUGACGAUUCAGUUGUAAACGCUGAGUACACAGAUGCUGCAACAAGUAGCCCUGCAACUGCAAAUGGGAGCAUCUGUAAACACCAGGUUCUGUUCCACAAUCCACCUGACGAUAUCAGUCCUAAUUUGCUCAGCGAGGUCUCAGAAGAAACAGACCGUGAAAAUGCAGAGGAAAACCUUUAGCCUCUGAGCCCAUCUUCCAUAUUUUAAUUCAGGGAGUGCACAGCCCAUUGCAAAGACUCCUAUCAAUGGGGUAACACUUUUAGUGUUGGUCUUAUUGUAAUAAAGAAAUGGAUGGGAUUAUAUGUAAGAGCAACAUACUGAAAAGCAGCAAUUCACACACUUUCCUCAAUGCCAAAAAUGUCUUUCCAUUUCUCUGCUGUUUUACACUAUGUUUUGUCGGUGUUGAUGUAUCACGCUAUUUCCUCCUAAGGAGGACCAUUUGCUGUGAAUGCUGGUGCCUAGUGUCUUGGAAGCACAGUCUAUCAUGAGACCACUAAUACUGUGUAUAGUCUGUCUUGCAUGAAAAUUACCAAUAGCAUCGCUUUAGUUCUUUUGUACAUAUUAGUGUGUCUAAUCUUAAUGCUGCAAUGCUUUUUUCCCCUACAAAUCACAGUACUUGAUGAAUAUUUACUAACAUUAAAGGACCAGGGUUGUUUCUUCAGUUGAUUGUCCAUGUGGUAGAUAUAGGUAAGGCUACUUUGACACUUGCGGCAGAGUGAUCCGGCAAGCAGUUCCGUCGCCGGAACUGCCUGCCGGAUCAGGCAAUCUGCAUGCAAACGGACAGCAUUUGUAGACGGAU